UAGGCUUUGCAACGAAAGAGAUCGGAUGACGCGGACCAAAUCAGCACUAGGAGGAGCGGAAGGUCGGCGCCCUCCACACUCUUCACUAAGUGAAGAGUGCUCCUUCUGGAGAGUGCAGCUUCCGAUGGCACCGGUUUGCCGGCAUGCCGUGAGCGGUGGCACCCUGUGCCCCGUUGUCGUGGAAGUGAGCCGGCGUUGCAUUUCUGUGACUGCUGGCCGCUGGUUGCCAUGUCCCCGGCUUCGGCUACAGGGGAGCGCCCCUCAGAUAUGGGGGGUACCGGUUCGCCGGCGUGGCUCCGUGGUUGCUCGUUUCGAGCGUCGGGCGGUGGUCUACCGAGUUGCCCUGGGCAUUCGGUGGGCGACCGGCCAACCCGUAAUCCCCACUGAGUGGGGGGCGGUGACCGCUGCCGCAGGGCACGGGGUCGCGAGGACGUAAACCUCUAUAAAAAAUACCCCAAUCCCAAGCUCCGAUGCCUGGCGAAGGGAUGAAUGGCUGGAGGGAGUCCAGUCCCGAGGGCAUCACUCGAUCCCAGGGGACCAAACCCCUGGUUAAAUAACAAAGGAAAAAAUGAAAAUGGACAAUUGGAAACAGAUAUUACCCCAGGAGGGUACCUCUCGCUCAGCGGGAGGAGAAUCCCUCCGUGCCUCUGAGCAAUCGGAGGCACGCUGCCCCUCGUAUUCUGGGGGGGGCAACAAUUGCCAAGAGGAAGGCGGCGGCAGCACGAGCCGCGAAAGGGAGAGGAUCCCACUCGUGCAACCCGAGCGCUGUGACAGUGCGCUCUCACUGCGCUCGACCCAAAGCUCCGCAAGGGGCUGCGCGUCGAGCGGUCGAGAGUCGCCACUUUUCGUCCACGACAGCGCCGGACUUUUCGUCAGUCGGAACCAGGCUGACCCGAGAGCUCGAAGGAAGCGGAAGUCGGUCAAACGACCGGCGGCUCCCGCUCCCUCCGAGUCCUCGGAGGUGGAACCCGCACCUGCCAAGUUCCUGGCAGUCGAGGAAGGGCUGGUGAAUGCUGCGGCGUUACCCCCCAUUGGAUGCGAACCUACACGGAAUUUGACGGUGACCUACGGCGAACCGGUUGUCACCACCCCGGUGCGGACCAGUGCCUCCCGCCGCAGAGAUGCAGCUCAUGUGAGGGAAGGUGAGGUUGAGCGACUAUCCCGCUCCCUCAUCAAAGAAAUGGAGGCUACGGAUCCACGGGGGACAUUCGUAGUCUCGAAGGAGAUUGUCUCCGCGGUGGCGACCAAAUCGGGCUCGUUAAAGGGCACAUAUGUGCAAGCCCUGAACCGCGUGGCCACCGCCGUGGAGACACGACUGGACGAUCUCCUAAAGCGAACAAGCACAGAUGAAGUGAUUAGCCUGCGGUUGCAAAUGGAGCAACUACAGGCACUAUACACUUCCGUGCAGGUAGAAAACGCGGAGCUUCGUGCGGAGAGUGCUCGGGUGCGGGAGGAGAUGGCCAGGAUGCGUGUGGUCCUUGACGAUGUCGUGGGAUGCCAGGGCAGCUCGGCCUCUCCGCCACCCGUGCGCUCACCGCAGGAAGCAACGGAUAAAGACCGCGAGAUAGAAGAAUUAAAGAGGUGUCUCGCGAUAAUGGAGGCCCGCACGUCUACGGUGGAACGCGCAAGGCCUCCACUGGCGCACGAGCGGCCUUUGCCCACACAUGCGACAGCAGCCGCGGUUGUACCAGCGCCCACGGGGGCUGCAGCCAAGGUGCGUAUGGCACCCGCCACACGAACGGUGCGCAGCUCUCGUGCACCGGCCAAGCCCGCUGGACGACGAACGCCCGCCCAGCCCACGAGGCCCCAAGCCGCUGCUUCUGCCCCGCCCCAGGCCGCUGCUUCUGCCCCGCCCCAGCCUGCCAAGGUGGGGCCUGGCAGAAGCCGCAAAAAGCGAGAGAGGGGCGUGAAUGCCGCUGAGACGGCGCCGAUCCCCCAGCCCCGCCCAUUACCUCCUGCUCCGUCCAACAUGGAUGAAGCCUGGAACACGGUGGUGAGGCGGGGACGAAGGAAGGCUGCAGCGCCAAGCACCCGAACCACCCCUGCGGUCGCCUCCCCUCAAGCAAUGGGUCGAGCGACGACUGGGGGAGGGAGAAAAGGGCGCAAGGUGAAGAAACCGCGCGCCCCACGGUCGGCAGCGGUCGUAUUAGAACUGCUGCCGGCUGGCAAGGAAAAGGGCCUCACCUAUGGGGAGGUGAUGGCUCGGGCGCGCGGUAGCGUCGACGUUGACGCCAUAGGUGUGGAAGGGGGACUCCGAGUCCGGCAGACGGCCAGCGGGGCUCGGCUGUUGGUAUGUCCUAGUGCUGACUCCGGCGCGGCCGCAGACAGACUGGCAGCCCGGCUUCGCGAAAUUCUGCCGAACCCGGAAGUGGUGCGCAUAGAUAGGCAUGUCAAGAUGGCGGAAAUCAAAGUGACGGGCCUGGAUGAAUGUGCCACUAAGGAGGAAGUGGCCGCCGCUAUUGCGUCGCAGGGCAACUGCGCCCUCGCACAAGUGAAAGUGGGGGAGCCUCGGAGUUGUUACUCUGGAUCUUUCACUGUGUGGGCGCGUUGCCCUGUGCAGGUGGCCACUCUUUUGGCCACGCCUCCACAAGGUCGGCCCGCCGACUCGCCGGGGAGGCUGCGCGUGGGCUGGGUGAUAGCCCACGUGCAGUUGCAGGAGGCACGUCCAUGGCGAUGCCUCCGGUGUUUUGGCACCGGUCACGGCCUCGCCAAGUGCCCAUCGGCUGUGGAUCGCAGCGGACUUUGCUUCCGUUGCGGUCAGGCUGGGCACAAGGCAGCCUCUUGCAGCGCCGCCACGCCACACUGCGUGUUGUGCGACGCGGCGAAGCGGCGGGCCGAUCAUCGAGCNAUGUGA